UUAUCUCUGAUUGGUCAGUGAGGAGGAAUGGCCCGGAUGUAACGAUGUUAGCUUGACUGGCAAAAUCCCGACAAGAAAACGUGUUAAAAUGUGUGUGAAACAAGUCCUUGCGUGACACCCUCGGUACAUGGUAGUUUCUAAACGAUGUUAUUGUGUCUAGUUUGCUGUACAGAAUUAAAUGAGCAAUGAGCUACUCUUAUUUAAUCGCAGAAAUUAAAUAAGCGACGUCCAUCCUUGGACUUUAUGAGGCUGUGGACGCCUCCUUGUGCAGCUGAAGACCGAGAGCUCGGGGAUAAUUACAGAGUGGACCCAGAACUACUGACCGAGGAGACAGAACAACAAAAGGUACAGCAGGUUAUAUGACUGUAACCAUAACCUACUCGAACAUAUAAAGCUUGCAAACAAGAAUGUUUGAAAGAAGAAUGGGCUAAAGAUGUCUGAAAUGAUGAAGGUGGAAGCAGAUGAACCUAGAGGGUUCCGCUUGGAUCCCCACAUACCUGCAGCAUCCACGUCAGAGCUAGAGGAGGAAUCACAAGACAGCAAAGAUCUCAUCCAUCAGAUGUUGGUGAUUAAAGAGGUUCCUCUUGACUGGAAUGGCGGUUUGAAGCAGCAGGAUCCAGAGUCCCCUUCUGUAAAGGAUGAAGAGGAGGAAUGGUGGAUCAUACAGGAGGAAGAGUUGCUUACCGUAAAGGUUGAAGAUGAAGAGGAAACUCAGUUAUCAGAACUUCACCAAAUAAAAACUGAAGAUAGCAGACAGACUGAAGCUCCAACCAGCAGCUCAGCUGAACAGACGGGACAGACACAGCAUGAUGAAGAAAACUUCGGAGGACAGGAACCAAACAGAGAUCCAGUUGCUCUUUGUUACUCUUCCCAACAAAGUAAGAUGACACCUAAGCUUUGUUCAAAGCUUACCGCUCCGAUUGGGGAAAAGCCAUUUAGUUGCAGUCUUUGUGGCAAGAGUUUUAAACGUAAGACAUCAGCUAAAUUACACAUGAUGACUCACAUUGGAAUGAGAGAACAUAGCUGUGAUCUUUGUGGGAAAGAAUUUAAAGAAAAGAUUUCUCUUCAGACUCAUAUGAGUGUCCACAGUGGAGACAGACCUUUUGCCUGUGACGCUUGUUGUAAAAGGUUUCAUACAAAGAAACACCUUAAAGCUCAUCUGAAGCUCCAUACAGAAGAAAAGCAUUUCACCUGUGAUGUUUGCAACAAUAGAUUUAAGGUUAAGGAGAGUCUUAAAAAACACAUGAGGAGCCAUACCUCAGAUAAACCAUUUGUUUGUAGUAUUUGUAGUAAAAGAUUUUCUCAACAGGACCAUCUAAAGAGACACAUGGGUGUUCACACAGGAGAGAAACCAUUUAUUUGUAGUAUUUGCAGUAAAGGAUUUACACAACAAGUCAAUCUAAAAAGUCAUAUGUGUGUUCAUGCAACAGACAAACCGUUUAUUUGUACAGUUUGUAGUAAAGGGUUCUCACAAAGAGAGAGUCUAAAGAGCCACAUGCAUGUCCACACAGGACAAAGACCGUUUAUUUGUAGUGCUUGUGGUAAAGGAUUUUUGCGGCAAAGAAAUUUAAAGAGUCACAUGAAUGUUCACACUGGAGAGAAAUCGUUUGUUUGUGGUGUUUGCAAUAAAGGAUUUGCUAUUCAAAAGAAUGUGGAAAGACACAUGCGUGUUCACACAGGUGAGAAACCAUUUGUUUGCAAUGUUUGCAGUAAAGAAUUUUCACUACAAGGGAAUCUAAAGAGACACAUGCAAGUUCACACAGGAGAGAAACCAUUUAUUUGUUGUAUUUGCAGUAAAGCAUUUCCACAAAAAGACACUUUAAAGAGUCACAUGCGUGUUCACACUGGAGAGAAACCAUUUAUUUGUAAUGUUUGUGGUAAAGGAUUUUCAUUACGAAAGAACUUACUGAGGCACAUGUCUGUUCACACGGGUGAAAAACCAUUUGUUUGUAAUACUUGUAAUGAAGGAUUUUCUUUGAAAAUUCAUCUAAAAAGUCACAUGCAUGUUCAUGCAUAACUGCCUAUUUUAAGAGUUCGCACAAUGGUAAAUUCUUGUCUUUAUUAAAAAUAGAAAAUGUUCGUGUAAUAUGAUUGAAAUGUGUUGUAAUAAAAGGGGUGUUGUAAAAUAUGUUAAAACUAAAC